AUGACUGUCGGAUUAAUUAUAUCUACCAUAUUUAUCAAACUCAUACCAUCAGAUCCCUUGAGCAUUCCAUUAUCGCAAUGUCGAGUAUCUUCUGCAACAAGUGUGCACUUUUUGAAUAAUGAACGCACACCGGAAUUGAUGAUUGAGAUAAUAGAAAAGGUUACCAAGGAAACCCGAAAGAAGCGUAAGAGUAAUAACAGACCCAGUGUUAUGCUUGGAGAGACUGAAGUAAACUUUGAAAUACGUGAUACGAAAUUGGAUCAAAGUAAGAAUACAAAGAAGGGAAUAAAAUUGCAAUGUGACUUAUGCGAAAAAGUAUAUUUUAAUAAAAAUAAGCUUGCAUCGCACAUAAAACAGCACGCCUACAAAUGCAUGACGUGCGCGAAAACCUUUGCCCUAAAACGGGACCUUAAACUUCAUAUGGAGGAAAUUCACGGGCCACAAAUGCACGAGUGCAGCGUAUGUGAAUACAAGAGUAAUAAAAAGUGGACACUGAGGGAUCAUUUCGUCAGAAAACACACAGACAACUAUCAGUUCUCAUGUAAAUUUUGUAGUAAACUAUUUAAAAUACAAAAUAAUCUAAAACAACACAUUAACCAGAUGCACAGCGGCAAUCCACCUAUUGUCUGUGAAGUUUGCGGUCAUGAAAGUAAGAAUUUACACGCUUUGAAGUCUCACAUAAAGUAUAUUCACGAGAAGCCAGAGCAUGUUUGUAAAAUUUGUAAACGGCGGCUUGUCUCCCAAAAAGGGCUUGAGCAGCACCUUCACUGGCACGAAACCAAGGAGAGAGUUGUAUGUGAACAAUGUGGAAAAAUGUUUCACAUCCCGUACGAUUUGGAAGUCCAUAUGCGAUCGCACACCGGUAUUAAACCUUACUCCUGCACCGUAUGCGCUCAGUCAUUUGCUCGCAGGAAUACUCUCAGACAACAUCUGCUCAUUCACACUGGAAAACGGCCCUACGUAUGUGACAUAUGCGGCAAGACAUUCACCCAGAAACCCGGGCUAACCAGUCAUAGAAAAUCACAUCCUGGUUCUCAUCCGCCACUACCCAGAGUUUAUAUUGAUAGCAUUCUCCAGGGUUUAUCUAGGGAUACAAAAGAUCAUCCAAAAGAGGUCCAAGAUUGA